UUCUAUCUCCAAUCUUGACGGCCUGAUCCUGUCCGUGCUCGACACCGUUCCAUUUCGACCUUUGAUUACAGUCAUUCGGCGAACGGUCACGAUGACUGCCGUUUGCUCUUCUCUGUGUCUUCGGUUGGGCGCAGUGUUGUGGCUUGCGACAGCCUUCACGCUGCAUUGUGUCUCUGCUGCACCUCCAUCGAGCACGCGCGAUGGAAGCCAUGACAUAGCGGUAGAGUCGAAGAGCGGUAGCCCUCGCGCUCAAGCGAGCCGGCGCACCAAUGCGAUCAACUUCCGCGAGAGGGAGCUGGAGAAACUCCUCGCCGCAGGGAAGGAACUGCCUGAGUCCGCUGCCGAGCUGUACUUGCGCGUCCUCGAGCCAAAACGGACAGCUGCGACCAACUUGCAAGGGCGACGGCGCAGUAAGUUGAUGGAACCAGCGCAGCAAAGCACUGCUAAUGCGAUCAACUCCCGCGAGACUGCGCUUCAGCGGAUCCUCCGCAAAGUGCGCAAAGGUGUUUCUGCCACUCCGUCAAGCACGCGUGGUGCAAGACGCGCAAUGUCGUCGGAAGUUUCGAGGAUUGGUAAGCGCCGCGCGCAAGGCGGCGGUCGGCACAGGAAUGUACGCGGGCUCAACGAGAGUGAGGUAGAGGAUAUCCUCAAGCAAGCCAAGGACAAGCAUGUGCCCAAGUCGGUCUUGAAGUUGCUCUUGCGAGUCCUCGAGAGGUCGGGCAGAGACUCUGUCGACAUGCACGAACGGCGGUCUGAGUAUCGUUUUUCAGCGCAGCGAAGCACUGCUGCGCUGAACUUCGCUGACAAGGCGAUUCAGGAGACCGGCACCGAGGGUGGAGAGCCGCACGCUCGCGUCCUUGAGAUGAUUGGUGCUUACAACGGUCCGUUCCAGUUCGUAGACAGCGACGUGCUGACGUUUCGAGGCAAUCUACUUCCCUCUUCCUCCCGGAGUGUAUACCCCGAGGGGGACAUCCUUGUCGUGCAACCGUACAGUGUGGACGAAUCGAUUUACUUCCUUUCGGAAGCGGGAGUCUGGACGUUGCCGACCACCUCAAGCUCGUACGGUGCUGCAUCGGUCAGUCGUGCUGCUGGCCCUUUCUACGAUGCGCAAGCUUUCACGAUCGUGGACAUGAGCAAGUACGGGCGCCAAGGGAGGUUCCUUCUAGUGGCCGAAGCCGAUGAUGACAGCCUGCGAACUGUCAGUUUGGACUCGUACGAACCACCUUUCGGUAUCCGUUACAUGACAGGCUUCGACUCUGAAAUUCUUAGCCUUGCUGCGGAUCCGUCACGGCCUUACGUUUACUUUUCAACGGACUAUGGGAUAUUCAAGAUGUAUCUCCCCUCUUCCGGACUUGGCUCAGUAGUCCCUGUCAUUGAUGAUGCGUCGGCCAUUGGAUCCGCGCAAGCCAGCAUCCGCGGAUCGGUUCAAUCUAGCAUCUACGGUGAUGCGGGUUUCAAUGAGUUUCGCGUGAGCCAGCAUGCCUUCUCCGCUGACGGCCAGUUCAUGUACGCUGCGGACCAAGUCGGAAACGCCAUCUACCGCGUUUGGAUUGCGAGCGGAGAGGUGGAGAAUAUCGGUAGUGGGUAUGUUGACGUGGACGUGGACGGACCCUAUGGAUUAGCGUUGACAUCGGACGGUUGUAAUCUAUUCGUGUCGGAGUGGACGACCGGGAGGAUCACGCUAAUCAGCUUCGAACGCAGCGGUGGCCUCGUGAGGAGCAUCCGAACACUCGCAGGUAGGACCAGCGGUCGCUAUACGGAAUCGUCCAUAGACCUUUUCGGUCUGGCGAUCUCCCCAGGUGGCUCUUAUCUAUACGUCGGAGCGGACGAGGCGAUCUACAAGUUCGAGAUCGACACUUUGGGCUUGCCCUCCUGCUCUCCUAUCUCGUCUACGCCUCGCCCCGUUCCUCCUACGAUCAGACCCAUCAUUUCUACUAGCUCUCCCCCGCCCGUAAUCUAUGACACCUUCCCUACGGAGGAUGAUGAACCCACUUUUCCUUCUACGUCAACCACCACUCCUACCCGUAAUUUUACUCCGCCGCUCCCUCCCAACCCUCCUUCCCCUAUUUCUUUUAGCCUUCCCCCACCUACGCCGCGCCCUCCCGUCCCGCCUACCCCUACUCCUUCUAGCUAUCCACAGCCCUCACUGUCAAAUUCAUCCUCUGCUGCUAACAGGACCUCCAGCCCCCGGGCCUCCAAGAAGCAAACCGAUCUCACACCCGUUGUCAUCAGUCUCGCCAUCGCUUUGCCCGUCGUAGGGACCGUGUUCGGUGCAUUGCUGGUCUGCUGUCUCUGCGCCUUACGGAGGCGGCGCCGAGAGGCAGAGUCACGAGCAAUCGAUAGGCCCGUGCCGCCCAUCGCUACCAUAGAUGCCCGGGCACGGUCGCAACAGAUCGAGCCGGUGGCUUUCACAAACAAUCCGACAGGCGCGGAGAACUGGUGGCAAAGAUCAGCCGGAGGAGGGUCGUUGGCCAAUGAUCGUCUUGACGUUGUUGUUAAGUAGAGUUCAAUUUCCUUUCUCCUCAAAAUCGGCCCAGGUGCAGAACGAGACAGCUCAAGCAUGUUCCCAUCGCGGAUCAUCGUGAUGGAGACGGCUUGUCCAACGCCCAGUACUGCUUAUUAGGUGAUGUGGACAGGGGGGCAGGAGUGAUGUCGUCCAUCAAUGAAGCGGAUGUAAAGGC